AUGCCACCAGUUCGUAUCGGCUGCUACGGUGCUUUUUGGGGAGAUUCGCCAUGGGCGAUCAACCAGUUCAUCAAGGGGCCUGAUAAGCAGGUCGACUACCUUGUCGCUGACUAUCUCGCUGAGGUCACCAUGGGCCUGCUUGCCCGCUCUGCACGUUCCAAUCAAAGUUCCCAGAAGAAGCGCCCGGCCGCCGGGUUUAUCUCCGAGUUUGCAGACUUGGCCCUCUUACCGAACUUGGAUGCCAUACUCGAAAAAGGUAUCAAGUUGGUCACGAACGCUGGAGGUCUCGAUCCUGUUGGGCUCAAAGAAUACAUCGAGUCAAAGCUCGCGGAGCGUAGUUUAUCGUACAAGCUCAAAGUCGCUGCAGUCCACGGCGAUGACAUUAUAAGCCAGAAAGAGACGCUCUUAGAGGAGGGCCGAUUCCAUCACUUUGAGCCGGUAGCAGGCAGCGCCGACACCCGGGAGGAGGGCAUCAACGCGGCAACAGGAUACUUGAGUUUGAAUGCCUACCUGGGAGCGCAGCCCAUUGCUAUAGCCUUGGAACAAGGCGCUGAUAUCGUCAUUACGGGCAGGUGCGUGGAUAGUGCUCUGGUUCUAGGACCUCUUGCCCACGAGUUUGGGUGGAACUUUGGCACCAGCCCCGACGAUCUUGAUCGACUGGCCAGCGCUUCACUGGCUGGGCACGUCAUCGAAUGCGGCGCUCAGGCGACAGGCGGGAAUUAUACAGAUUGGGAGCAGUCAGCUUUCAGCCCCCAUGGAGGCUGGUCGAACAUGGGCUACCCCAUCUUGACCUUCUUUCCAGACAACAGUUUUACCAUCUCGAAACCCCCACGCACUGGUGGUGUCGUCAGUACACGAAGUGUCUGCGAGCAAAUGCUGUACGAGGUUCUCGAUACCGAAAACUACAUCCUCCCAGACGUUAUACUCGACCUUAGUCGGGUGACCAUCAGUCAGGACUCACCGGACAGUGUUCUCGUUCGAGGCGCCAGGGGUAAGCCGCCCACGCCAUGGCUCAAGUGCACAGCUGUGCGGCAAAAAGGCUACAGGAUAUCUGUCGACAUGCUUGUCUCUGGGGAACAAGCCGAGAGGAAGGCCAAGACUCUGGGAAGGGUCAUUGUUGAGCGAACCAAUGCCAUUGCUGCCGCAAACCAUGCAGACCCAAUCUCGAAUGACGACCACGAGAUCAUUGUUAUCGGCGCUGAGCACCAUCUUGGCCCUAGAGGUAACUCUGGCGAUCGCAGGGAGGUAGUGCUAAGGGUUGCUGCCCGACAUGAGAAGCGUUCCGUGCUGGAUAUAAUGGGAAAGGAGGCGGCGUCUUUCCUCACAAACAGCGCACCGGGAAUAUGCAUGCUAACUAGUGGACGGCCAAAGACGAGCCCAAACUUUGUCGGAAGCAGUGCCCUUGUUCGUCGGGACUCGCUUCACCCCGUCGUCUUCGUUGGCAGUGAAAGGUCGCCCAUCAAUGUGCCAUUCACUCUCGACGGCUGCUUGAGCGGCAAGCCAUCAGCUAGUCUGGACUCUGAGACUGCUGUGAGCGGCGUUGCCCCAUCGCCGACGCAGCCUCCCCAGGGGCUCACAUGGCGCGCUAAACUACACGAGGUGGCAACUGGACGCUCUGGCGACAAGGGAGACAGUGCCAAUGUUGCCAUCAUCACCAGAGAUGCCGCAUUCUACGAGCACAUUUUGCAACAGGUCACACCGCAGGUAGUAUUCUCUGCACUACAGCACCUGAUAGCCCCCGGCGGGACAGUGACAAGGUUCGCAGUGCCCGGCGUGCAUGCAGUCAACUUUGUCAUCACAAAGGCUCUUGGAGGUGGAGGGCUUUCGAGCCUGAGACUGGACCGGCAGGCCAAAAGCUAUGCUCAACUACUGCUGUCGCUGAUAGACGUCGACAUUCCAGCGGAUGUUGCCCAUGCAGCACAUCUGUGA